AUGGAUCCGAACGAGAGCGGUCAACACGCACAGGGACCGCCGGCGCCGCCACCACCGGUCGACGGUCGAAGCGCGCCGUCCAUCGUGCCGACACUGACUCCGGGCAAUGGGGUCGGCUUGGGUAUGAGUUCCGGGGCUGCCGCGGCGUCCGCUUACCAUCACCCGCACUACUCGCAGAAUGCGGCCGCCGCCGCCGCGGCAGCCGCGGCCAGUCACCAUUUGGCGCCUGGUUACGCGGCCGCCAUGAUGGACCACCAUCAUCAGCACGUGAAAGAUGCAUACUACCACCAUCAUCACCACGGCCGGCAUUACGAUCCGUACGCCAUGCACCACGGCCACGGUGGCCCGUACCAUGCUCCUCCCCCACCGCCCUCAGUGGUUCCGCCCCUGGGGUCGAUGAAUCCGAUGCACUCGCAGCAUUCCUACCACCAUCAUCACCAUCCGCACCAGAAUCCGUACGGUCACUCGGCGUACCAUCCGCAUCAGCCGGCAUCACUGUACCCACCGCCACAGGCGCCCACCGGCAUGCACCAUCAUCCGGCUCAUCACCACUCGUCGCUGCUACCCUCGACCACCCCUGGCUCUUCAUCCAUGGGUCAAUACUCAGGCAGCGGUGGCGGUCAUCAGCAGCAGUACCCUGCCUACGGGCAGUCUGUCGCAGCUACGGAUCAAUCAGUUGGCGGUCACUAUUACAACCAUGGCACUGCCGGGGGCUAUCGGGAUGAUAAGGAUAUGCUGAUUGGUCCGCCGGAACCGCCCCACGGAGACCCAUCCGGUAUGGGCGGCUUGCCAGCCACUCCCCCUACGCAGACGGCUGGCCCUACGGCGACUGGAGGUGGUGGAGCUACUGGCAGCACUGGUGGCGGUGGAAAACGUAAAAUUGAAAUACUCGACAAUAUUCUGAUAAAAAAAUCCAAACACAUCCCCGAAGCGGCCGGCCCAAUGGGCACGGGCGGGAGCAGUGCUCCGCCGGCACCUUCCAGCAAUCAAGUACCGCCACCGCCACCAGCGUUUUGUCCACCCCCGGUGCCGGCUGACCAGCAGGGUCCACUGGUAGGCGACGGUGUUAAAUCGUCGUUCCAGAUAUCCAAUUUGCUCGACGACAAGAGUUCGAAGCAACUUCCGGCCGUGCCGGGAGUCGAUAUGAUGGGUGCAGCAGUAGCAUUGCCACCGGCGCCACUCGAAGUUCGGGGCAACGGUGAAAAAAAGCAAACGACCGGCCGCCAUGGAGCGGGAUCGAAAGCGAACAAGAAAACGGCUCACGAAGGUGGUUCCGCCAGAAGCAAAAGCGGGCCAAACAAUGCCAAACACGAUUCCUCACACUCCGCACACUUGGCCGGUGCGAGCGGCAGUAACGAGACACAACCACCGACUGCUGACCACCAGCAGCAACCGGCGCAGCAGCAGCAGAUGGACUUUGAAAUUUCCGAAAAGCUCAAGGAGAUGGGCGAAAUCAGCGUCAAACCGGUGUCGAAGACGGACGCGAAUGCCAAAGCGCGGCAGCAGAGCGCCGACCUCGAGUGUAACGAGGAAAUAUCGCUCGAGAUCACCAAGAAGGAUGCGGCCGCCAUACGCAAGGUGACCAAUUUGCGUAAAAACAUUAAGGAAGUGAUGGACGAUAAUCAGCUGGACGCGUCGACGCUGGCGGCGCAGCGGCAGGAGCUGGAGCGGUUGGCGCGCGUCCAGGAGCAGCAGCGCAUAAUCCGUGAGGUGCAGCGCCAACUGGCGCUCGAGCGCCAGACGAACAAAACGGAACAGAAAGUGAUGCAGUUCCUACAGGGACACGCUUCGAUACUAAAAUCACAGCAACCCGGCACAUCCAGUGGGGCCGCUGGUACGUCAUCAUCGGCCAGUGGCGGCGCUGCGUCCGCCGGUAGCCCCACGAUGGCGUCGUCCUCUGCGACCGGCGGACCGGUGCGACUUGGGUAUGUGAAGAAUCCGUUCGAAACGCGUGGCCGUCCACCGAAGAACCGCCAGCUGUUGCUGAGCACGACACCGAUCUCCACGGUAACGGCCACCACCGCUGGCAGUGUCAGCGCAACCACUCAUCUCACACCGUCGGUCAGUAUUGCGCCCGUAAAGGCCAGCACCAGCAGCGCGGUGCCGCUUCCUCCAGCGUCCACCUCUUCGUCCUCGUCGUCACCGUCCGUGAUUCCGGUGCGCACGUUCGAGGAGAUGGUCGACGACAGCGAGGGCGAAGAGCUGGAACCGGAGGACGAAGAGGAGGACGAGGACAGCGACGGUGAGGUGAUCGCGCUGCCGGAGAAGAAGGAGAUCGUGACGAUCGACAGUUCGUCGGACGACGACGACUGCAUCGUGCUGUCGGAUGACGACGAGGAGGAGCCGGAGGACGAAUCGGACGAUGACCCGCAGAACAGCGGGCUGCACGUGAACGAUGCCUACAACGUGCCGGACGAGCAGGGUCGGGUGGUGAUCAACGUGGGCCACGCCGACGGCGAGGAGGACAUCUUCCUUGCGCCGCAGAUCGCGCGCAUCAUUAAGCCGCACCAGAUCGGUGGCGUGCGGUUCUUGUUCGACAACAUCAUCGAGUCGAUCGAGCGCUACGACUCGUCGACCGGGUUCGGGUGCAUACUGGCCCAUUCGAUGGGCCUGGGGAAGACGCUUCAGUUAGUUUGCUUCUGUGAUAUAUUUUUAAGGCACACCAGCUCGAAGACGGUGCUCGUCAUUAUGCCGAUCAACACGCUGCAGAACUGGUUGAACGAGUUCAACACCUGGCUGCCGGAUGAUGCGACCAACAGUCCACUGCGCAACCACGGCGAGGUGCGGUCCCGCAACUUCCGCAUCCACAUCCUGAACGACAGCCACAAGACGCUCAAGUCGCGGGCCAAGGUCGUGCUCGAGUGGGCCAAAAAUGGCGGGGUGCUGCUGAUCGGCUACGAAAUGUACCGGUUGCUGAGCCAGAAGAAGAUGACGAAGAAGAAGAAAAAGAAGAACAAAAAGGGUGGCCCGGCGGGGCCUGAGCCUGAGCCGGUUGAGGAGGAGAAGGAGUCGACCGAGGAGCAGCGCAACAUGUUUGACGACAUCCACGAGGCGCUGGUGAAGCCGGGCCCGGAUUUGGUGGUGUGCGACGAGGGCCACCGGAUCAAGAACUCGCACGCCAGCAUUUCGGUCGCGCUGAAGCAGAUCAAAUCGAAGCGGCGCGUCGUGCUCACGGGCUACCCGCUGCAGAACAAUCUGCUCGAGUACUGGUGCAUGGUGGACUUUGUGCGGCCCAACUAUCUCGGCACCAAGACGGAGUUUAGCAACAUGUUCGAACGCCCGAUCCAGAACGGGCAGUGCAUUGACUCGACGCCGCAGGACAUCAAGCUGAUGCGGUACCGGGCGCACGUGUUGCACUCGUUGCUGCUCGGUUUCGUCCAACGCCGGUCGCACUCCGUGCUGCAAACGUCGCUCCCGCAGAAGGAAGAGUACGUGCUGCAGAUCCGUAUGACCGAGUUCCAGCGCAAGCUGUACAGCGUGUUCAUGAACGAGGUCGUCCGGACGAAGGCGGUACCGAACCCGCUCAAGGCGUUUGCCGUGUGCUGCAAGAUCUGGAACCAUCCGGACGUGCUGUACAACUUUCUCAAGCAAAGCGAGCGUGAUCUCGAUCUGGAACUGGAGGAACCGGAACCGGGGGCGGCCGGAAAACAACAGGCUGAUCCGGCUGCCAUAACGGCGGCGGCGACGCCGAUGGAAGUGGACGGUAAUGGGCCGCCGGCGCUGCCGAACGUUUCCCCAACGAUGGUGACGAAGCCAGCCCGCAAGAACGCGGCGAUUCCGAAACCGGCCAAACCGUUGGCGUUGAAAAAGGACGGAACACCACGCAAACCGAGAACACCGAAAAAGCUGGCGGCCAAUAAUAAAUCGCAGGCGGUGGUGGGAAAGGACGGCAAGAUCGUGCCGGCUGCCACGAUCAGCCCGAGCAAUGUGACGUCGAAGGAUCCGAACGCCAUGGAUACGUCGCCCGCGGUGCCCCCGAAAGCAGAACCGGGGCUGGACUUUGGUGGAGCCGACCGAAACGGCGUGAAACACGGUGGCGAUGGUGGUGUACCGGCACCGUAUCCAGCACCGUUCCCUGGCGGUGAUGCCUACCCUUACCAGGGCGCCUACCAUCAUCACCAAGGGCCUCCACCAGGUGCGCCUCCGAAUCCCAACUACGCGGGCUACAAUCAAGACACGAUGAUGGGCCACCCGCAGCUAGCGGGAGCGUAUGAUGCUUACGGUGCUGUGGGCGGUGGCCAGUACAAUGCCAGCGGCACGCCGGGUGGCACGGACUCGUAUGGAGGGAUGUACGGUAACAACUACUAUCGCAACGAGUACACCAAUUCCUCGUACCAUCACGCACCGUACGAUCAAGGCUAUCCACCGUACGGUGGUGGUGCGAACCCGGUCGACACGAGUGCCAACGCCAGUUACAACCCCAGCAAUGGAGUGCCCGGUGGUGACGGGCAAAACGCACAAUCAACCUACUGGAACUCGGAGACCAACAAUGGCGACAAUGGCGGAAACGGUUAUAAUGCUUACGCUCAGCAACAAGGGCCACUGCCACCGAGCACCAGCAACGGUGGCGCGGAUGUUUAUCCUGGCUAUCCGGGGGCUGGAUAUGGGGCCACGACGAACGGUAACCCGGUGCCGGUAGCAAACGAAGCGCCCGGAUUGUAUGGAUACGCCGAAGGAGCUCAACAAUCCGCGCCAAACGGUGGCGGAGAUCCGACACCUUCUUCACCAUACGACAGCACUUACGCCACUGGUGGCAGCACCGUCAAAUGGGAGGAUUCGGCAACGGCUGGCUCCGUCAGCGGCGGUAACAGCAAACCGCUGUCCGACUCUCAGCAAUCGAUCGCCGAGCAAACGAACGCCAGCUGUGGACAGCUGCCGAUAAAACCCGAGCCGAGUGAAUCGAUCACCGACGAAGCAACAGCAUCGGUUCCACCCGGAACCGGCAGAGAUGAAUCGGGAACCGGGUUGGAUGCCAUUACGCAGGAGCAAGCGAACGCCCAGUACGCAAAUCAACCGUCGCUCGACGAUCUGAAGGAUCCGGUUAAACCGGAUCUCAACAGUGACAAGCCGAACGAAAUCGUCGACAUGGACACGAAGGACAUCAGCCCCAAGAUGGAGCUGGCGGGGGAUGCUGUGCCAGCGACCAUCGAGGCCGUCGAGUCCGUGAAGCAGGAAAUCAAACAAGAGACGAUCAAGAAGGAAGAGGAGGCCACUGGUGGCGUUAAGCAGGAGGCGAACGGGGAACCGGAGAUUGACAAAAAGGACCCUCUGUCCGUCGUGUCGGUGAAAAUUGAGAUUAAAAAGGAAGAAAAUGGACCGGUCAACGAGUGCAGUGCGGGUCCAGCGCUGGUGAACGGUGAUGCGUCGGUCACCGACGAUACUGAACCGACGAAGGACUCGAAACCAGCCGUCGUCAUGGGUACUUGUGAUUCGGCCGAUGCGGAGAAUGGUGGGGACGUUAAGAUGGUAAAGAAAGAGGAUUGCGUGGAAGUCAAACGGGAAGAUGACGAAGUUAAAAAGAUUGAGAAAGAGGAGGCCGUUGACGAAGUAUUGGGAGAGGACAAAAAACCAAGCAUCACACUUCCAACGAACGAUCCCUGCGGUGAGUCGAUUGGAACCGACGAUGAUUUGAAAGAUAAGGUGUCCCCGAAGAAGGAAGGCCCCACCGUAUUGCUGGAUGGCGGUGAUCUUAAAGAGGGUGAACAGAAGGUAGAGACAAUCUCCGACCAGGAGAAGGUGCCCGACGUGAUCAAGAUCGAAGACGAUUGUGUCGCCGUGAAGCUCGAAGAGGAAGGAGGCAAAGAAACGAGUUCCUCCACUACGUCGUCAUCGGCGGCGGUUGUGGCGGUGGGUCCAGGAAUAACACCCGGUGGCGCCGCAGGCACGGCAGCCAAGGAGCCGAAAGGAAAGGACGCCAAGGACGAGAUCCCGUACGAGUGGGCAUUUGAGUUGAUGAAGGGCUACGUUCCCGAUCUGCUGGAAAACUCACCUAAAAUGGACAUCUUCUUCUGCAUCAUGGAGGAGAGCAUCCGACUGGGCGAUCGGUUGCUGGUGUUUAGCCAAAGUUUACUGACCCUCAACCUGAUCGAGCGCUUUCUGCAGCGCAACAAAAUUCCUGGCACCGAGAGCUACUGGUGUCGGAACAGCAGCUACUUUCGUUUGGAUGGCUCGACGGUGGCGCAGGAGCGUGAGAAGCUGAUCAACGAGUUCAACUCUAACCCGAAUGUGCACCUGUUCCUCGUUUCGACCCGUGCCGGCUCGCUCGGCAUCAAUCUCGUCGGUGCGAACCGGGUUGUGGUGUUUGACGCGAGCUGGAACCCGUGUCACGACACGCAAGCCGUCUGCCGGGUGUACCGGUACGGCCAGAAGAAGCCCUGUUUCGUGUACCGGCUUGUGAUGGACAACUGUCUCGAGAAGAAGAUUUACGAUCGCCAGAUCAACAAGCAGGGCAUGUCAGAUCGAAUCGUCGACGAGUGCAACCCGGAUGCGCACCUGUCGAUGAAGGAGAUCACCAGCCUGUGCUACGACGAUGGCGAGGACGGCGAGGUGAAGGACUUUAGCCAGGAUAAGGACAAGUUUAUCGACAUCGUCAUGCAGCACCUGCUGGCGUCGCACUCGAAGAAGCUGACGAAGGCCCCGUUCGCUCACGAAAGCUUGCUCAUCGAUCGGAAGGAGAAGAAGCUUUCGUCGGCCGAGAAGCGGCAGGCCCAGAGGGGUUACGAACUGGAGAAGCAGGCGGCCACCAAACCAACGUACUCGUACACCUCUAUGGGAACGACCUAUCGGGCGAUCCGCACGUCCGACGGAUCCAUCAUCCAUCGACCCGUGGCUUCGGUACGGCCCAUGCAAGCGGGCGAUGCGAACAAAACAAAUGUGGCUGGCGUUCGACCGACUCGCUGGAUACCGGCCGAAGUGUGGCAACGGCAGGGCAUGACGGCACAGGAAAUGACGCUUCCAAUCGAUGUCGUUAUACCGACCAGCUCGGCCGAUAAAUCCAACAUCGUGCUGAAGGCGGGCCAGAAGGUGAUGGUGCUCAAGUCGCCCAAGGGCAUCUACAUGCAGCUCGAGAGUGGCAAGAUCAUUGCCAUCCGCACAGCGUUCAAGGUGGGCCAAAGCAAGGACGCUACUCCGGCCAAAGGGGGCAUCGUAACUACCACUCCACCCAGCAACACGGCGGCCAGUGGUGGUCGCCGUGGAUCGAACCUGACGUUCAGCACGGCCAAAGCUUCGUCAACGCUGCUGCUCCCAAAGAACGGCAGUGGUGCGGCAAGCGACUUUUCCGAGGGCAACUCGCUGAGUAUCGCCUCAAACUCGGACGAUGACGAAAAGUCCGACUCGAGCAUGCUGCCCCUGACGAUCAACGACGAUGGGGACAGCGAGAAGGAAACGAUGAGCGUGGACGAUUACCCGGACAAGCCGGGGCUGAAAAAGGACGAUGUGGAGCAGGGCAUGGUGCUGAACGAAAAGACUGACACGACCAGCAGCACCGGGAGCAUGAGCUGUGGUGGCAGCAGUAGCAGCGGGGGCACGAACAAUAGUGCGAUCCACUCCGGGACCGGUGCGUCAACCUUUAAGGCUGCGUCACACUCGAAAGCGGGCGAGUCGCUCGACAAGUACCCCAUGAUUCAGUCUCCGUACACGGCCAAUUCAACCGCGAACCGUGCUGCAUCCGUCCAUCAAGCACAUCCACCAGUACCGCAGCCACCUACGGCCACCGUCACGAUCGAUGACGAUUCUCCUCCGAUGCGCGACAAGAUGGUUUUUAAGCCGAAUUUGGUCGAACGCAAGGCGAAGGCGUCGCAGUCGGCGUUGAAAAACUACCGCCACAAGGCGGGUAAAGCGCAGGAGGCCAUGGUUACCACGGUGACAACCGCCGCGGCUGCUUCGAUGGCCGGUGACGGCACCAAGCCCAGCGGUGUAGCAACUGGCACCGGCGGGAUAACUGAAUUCCCGCCAUCCGGUGGUAUUGGUGUGAGUGAGAUCGGUGCAGGUAACAGCGGUGUCAGUGGUCCGCCAGGUUACAAUAGCUUGACCAUGAACAGUAUUCCGCCGACCGCGAACAAACCGUCGGGUCAACAAUCAUUACUGAUGAACGUGAACGACGGAACGGGUGUGAAGAAAGCGACACCAGCAGCAGCAGCAGCAGGCGGACUGAACCCACAGGCCAUGGACUCGUACCCGGCGACGGAUACACCCAGCAGCGGAGGAUAUCAUCUUCCGCAGUCCCCGCAUGCACCAACGUCCCGGCCGUCAAGUAAGGCUCCCGCUGGGGCGAUACCUUCUCAGUCCGGAGCGUCCGGAGAUGGGUUACCGACGGGAACUCAACAGGCGUACUCUGCCGCUUACGGUCACCAUGGUCCACCGAUGGGGGCUGGUGGCGCCAAAAACCACAUGCACCAACAGCAGCAGCAACAACACCCGCUUCGCUCAUCGUCGUCGGUCACGCCACCUUCGCCUUACGGUGGCCACAAGAAUCUACAGCACCACUCUUGGAUGCCGUACGGUGGCGGCGCCGCUUCUUCCACGAGCAGCAGCUCUACGGGAGGCGCCAGCAGCUACGGCCAUCCGGCUCAGCACCAACCGCUGCAGCACCACCACCAUCAGCAACAUCCGAGCAGUUUCCCGCAACACGGCCAAGCCCAUCAACAUCAUCAGCAGCAGCAGCAGCAUCGCUCUCCGCAGCAGCAUCAACAUCACCAGAACCAGCCUCAGCACCAUCACCAGCAUCCGCAGUACCAUCAACCGACGGCGACAGGAUCGGUACCGCCACCGCCGGCACCGUACGAGUCGAGUUUGAACUUCCUGGAGAAAACGACUUCGGCCUUGAUCAACAAUCAAAACCAGAGCGAGUUCCAGGCGUCCCUGAGCAGCAUCACCCGCUCGCCGACGCCCACCGACGGGUACGUCGAUUACGCACCGAAACCAGCGGCCAGCACUGGUGCCGGUGGAAAGAAGGGCAGUGGUGGUGGUGGCAAAAGCAAAACUCCGAAGCAACCGAAAAACGAUUACGGGGCAGCCAAGAAGGCACUCAAUAAGCGCAACAAUCCGUCGCCGUACACGCACAUUUCCUCGUCAUCGGCCUCCUCGUCACCGUCGGCAUCGCCCGCGGUCAUGAAUCUUCCGCCCGGUGGCGGUGUCGCAGUUCCGCCAGUCGCGGCCUACCAGGGCUACCAGGCGAUGCCACCAACGACAGCAGCAGCAGCCACAGCUACGGUCCCUCCGCCAGCGAACGCAACCACGAUCGGAGGAUACUACGACCACUAUGCACCGGCCGGGGGUGGUGCUGGUAGCGGCCAUCAGCAGCCGACCACGGGCUACGGUUCUAACGUGUUUCCGGGUACCACAAACGCGCUCGCACAGCAAGCACCGCCAUCGAGUGUGGCCGGGUACGCAGGAACAGGCGUAGGUAAUGUGCCCGGUUCUUCGUACGCGGGGCCGUCGUACACAUCGAGUGGCAACAGUGCAACGGCAACGGCGACUGUGCGUUCCAACUACUACCACCACCAACCAUCGGGAGCAGGAAACGCCAUCGACUCGAAUGGUCCUGCAGCUACCCCAACUUCCCAAGCAGGCAGCGCUGUGCCAUUAGCGAACUACGCCACACCUGUCUCGCAACCACACCACGGCUCAUCACCGCCCGAUGCCGCCAUGCCCCACUACUCGCAACCCCAAGCGACACCGGCCACGGUACCGGUUUCAUCGUCGCCUACCCCAUCGCGAGGAUCACGAGGAUCUUCGUCCUCGUCCCAUCAGCAGCAACCACAUCAUCUGCAGCACCAGCAACACCACCAUAUGCAUCACUCGCAGCAGCAUAUGCAACAGCACUCGCUCCAUCCACACCAGCAUCAGCAGCAGCAAGCGGCUCCGAUCGUGCAACCCGAUUAUCCGGCCUACCAGAUGCCCUCGGCACCGAUGGUACCAACUAGUGACACGGCGGCCCCGCCUGCCAUGUACGGACAGCCGCAGCAGCAGCAACCACACCACCAACAACAGUCCCAUCAACACCAGCAUCAUCAACAGCAGCAGCAGCAGCAGGGAAGCUUCAUUCCGUACCCGACAUCUCCGCCGGCGUCGACGGGCGCUUCGUACGAGACUGGCACGGUGGCUCCCGGAAGUCAAAAUGCCACAGCCACCACUACUACUGCAAACACGAACGGAUCCGCGUUCCAUAGGCCCGAAAGUGGUCCUACCACGACGACUUCAUCGACGACGGUAGCAGCAGCAGCAGCAGCAGCACCUCCGGUGGCCGUCCCACCGCCCGUCUCAAGCUACGACACACCGCCAACGUACAUCCCGGAUGCCAAUGCUCCAACCUACCAUCAUUCCCAGUACCACCAUCAUGCCGCGUACCAGUCGGGACCGACAGCGCCUCCCCAGUACAAUCCCCAGUCGCAGGGCUACUAUCCUCCACCACCGCCGCCGCCACCGUCGUCGGCCUACUCGUACUACGCGGCACCCGGACCGUACGGUGCCGGGGCCGCCCAACCGGACCCGGUACCCCAGUACCACCCGUAUCCUGCCCCACCGGCACCACCUUCUGGCCCAUCGAACCCGCCAGGCAGUGCCACCGCCGGGGCCGGCGGUGCCCCUACCGGCGCAGCAACGACUGCAAGCGGCUACAACUAUCCACCGUACCCGAGUCAACCCGGCGUUGGCCAGUGGCAGUAA